UGUGCUUGAACGCAAAAAAGGAGAGGAAUAGCGAAGAAAAUGGCGAGGGCCCUCCGCCAUCUUGGGUUUUGGGAUUUCCCGACAUGGGUGUUGCAAAUUCUUUGAUGUAGCGUUGAAAGAGAUGAUCGGAAGCACUUCAUGCAAGAGUUUCAGUGGCGGAUUGUUACACAAACAUUUCUUAGUCGGGAAAUCACAGCAGACCUUUAACGAGCUGGGUGUCUCUCAGUUGCCAUCGUGGAGUCAGCGAGCACGCUUUUGUGUAUCUCUGCGCGGAGUUUUCUUUUGGAAGCGGCUAAAGUAUAUCAGCGUGGUCGAUAGGGCUGACUCGUUUUCUGUAGUCAUGGCUGGCAGAGGAGGAAAGAGAUUCUCCUUUGGAGGAAUGGGUAGUGCAGCUGCUUUCGGAGGUGGAGAGGGUAGCAGGGUUGUGGGAGAUGGUUCUACUGCUCCAGAGUCAUCGUCCAGACAGCAUGAAUACCGACAACCAGCGGCUACUAGAGAGCGUUUUGGGGAGGUAGAACACGAAGAUGAAGAUGUAUCAGGUUCAGGUGCUGGUGGUAGUCAAGUGAGGCCAUCAGGGGGUGGAGGUCGAGGUCGAGGCCGAGGCCGAGGUCGAGGGAGAAGGGAUGCUAUGGAUUCAACGGAAGCUCUGGGGAGAUGCAUGACUGCGAUUCUAAGACAUCGAGCCUCGGACUAUGGACUAGAAAUGCAGAACGAUGGUUUCGUCUUAGUAGCUGAUCUUUUAAAACUAAGCAAGAAUACUGCAGCUGGUAUUCCAUUAAGUUCUCACAGCGUGGAAGAUGUGCGCAAGGCUGUUGCAAGGGAUGGGAAACGACGUUUUGGACUAAAAGAAGAGGAUGGGCAUCUUUACAUCAGGGCAAAUCAAGGUCAUAGUAUCAGGACCGUGGAAUCUGGACAACUUUUGUCGUUGGUUACAUCUCCUUCACAAAUUCCAGUCUGUGUUCAUGGCACGUACGAGAGAUUUAUGGACAGUAUCUGGCAAGAAGGGUUAAAACGCAUGAAUCGAAAUCAUGUUCAUUUUGCUACUGGCUUGCCUGAACAGGACGGUGUCAUCAGUGGGAUGCGUGGAUCUGCUCAGGUUCUCAUAUACCUGGAUGUGGAGAAGGCUAUGGAGGAUGGAAUGAAGCUCUACGUUUCAGAUAACAAAGUCGUUCUCACCGAAGGCUUUGAUGGGGUGGUUCCGACUAAAUAUUUUAAGAAUGUCGUCAAGAAGUUGCCUCGUGGCAGAGAGAUGCCACUCCAUCCAUCAAGUAAUCAGCCUAAGCCUCAUGAGAAUACUGCAGCAGAUGUCUAGAAAACAGAGAACCCAGAAUUGGUGAUCAAAGAGGAUGCCUAUCAGAAUGCCAGCAGCUCCCUUGCUUAAUGUCUGAUUAUUUCUAGUGGUUUUUGUGGAAUCAAUUGCACCAAAUGCCCUGAACUUAUUGGAAGAAUACACCAACUUUCUGGAUUUAGUUAUGUAAAUGGGAGCAGAUCGUUGAAACUCAUGUUACAUUAUCGACCUGAUUUAUUAGGAGAGACAGCUAUCAAAAUAGUUUCUACAAUCUUGUGAUUUAUUGAGCUUAAAACUAAAAAAAAUAAUUUGUUUAUAAUACGAGUAGAUUUACUUGCUUUCAGAAAUA